AUGCCCGCCCUCCUCGAAGACCCCAGCACUCGCAUCCCCGCCCCAGCCGCGGCCGCCGCAGCAGCGCCGACUCUGGCCCCACGCACGGCAACCCUGAAAGACGGCAGCAAGGCCAUCCUGUACCCCGUCACCGGCGGGCCCGACAGCGUGCCCCAGGAACUAGUCAAGCUGCUGCACCGGGAGUUCUCGGCCGAGAUCGAGACCGGUUGUACGUAUCCCAUGGAGGAGCCGAUGACCCUGGAGCAGUUCGCGGGGUACUGGUUUGGGACGUUUGCCGUGGUGGCUGUUUUGGCGGGGGAGCAGCAGGAGGGUGGUUUGUGCGAGGGGAGGGAUUGGGAGAGGGAGUGUUUGGGGACGUUUUAUGUUAAGCCGAAUUAUCCGGGGCGGUGCUCGCAUGUCUGCAAUGCGGGAUUCAUGACGACGGGGGCGGCGCGUAACCGCGGAGUGGGAAUCGUCAUGGGUGAGACUUAUUUGGAGUAUGCGCCGAAGCUGGGCUAUAAGUUUUCCGUCUUCAAUCUUGUCUUUGAGAACAACGUCGCGUCGGUCAAGAUCUGGGAGAAGCUGGGUUUCCGCGUGAUUGGCCGUGUCCCGGGGGCCGGUCGGUUGGCGAAUAGUGAGGAGUUGGUGGAUGCUUUGAUCAUUGGGAGGGAGUUGGUCUAA